AUGUCGUGGCGUCCGUCUUUCCGCUGCUCAAAGUUUCGCCACAUCUUCGGAAAACCGGCAACCAAGGAGCACAGCUACGACGGCGUGCCAAUCACACGCAGUGUCCAUGACAACCACCACUGCUCAGCCAAUCCCUGCUUCAUCGCCGUGGUGACCGAAUGUGCCGGGGGCGGGUCCUUUCUAGUCCUGCCCAUCCAUCAUACAGGGAGGGUGGAUCCUCAGCACCCCCGGGUGUGUGGUCACAGUGGACGAGUCCUGGACGUCAAAUGGAACCCGUUUGACGAUCACUGCGUCGCCUCGUGCUCCGAGGACUGCACCGUUAAGAUCUGGGACAUCCCCGUCUGUGGCGUCCAACAGAACUUAACCAAGGCCAGGAAGACUCUGAUUGGUCACUCCAGGAGGGUGGGGCUCAUUGAGUGGCAUCCAACAGCUGACAACCUGCUGCUUAGCUCCGCCUACGACUACAAGGUCCUCCUCUGGGACGUGUCCCAGGCAGGUGCAGUGAUCAGGCUCCCGGUCCGCGUGGUUCUGAUGCCCGUCCACCACCGCUACCCGUCUGAGGCGCUGCUGCUGUCCGUCAGCUUCAACAGCGACGGCAGCAGGUUGGCGGUCUCGUCCAAAGACAGACGGGUUCGAGUCCUGGACCCGAGGACAGGAAAGAUUUUACAAGUGUCCAGAAACAGGUCCCACAGGGCCAGUAAGGUUUUAUACAUCAGAGGGUUGAAGAUGCUUCUGUCCACUGGCAGCUCGCCCUGGAACCACAGACAGAUCGUCCUCUGGGACCCAAACAACUUAUCUGAGCCUCUGUACGAGGAGGAUUUGGACGGUUCUGCCGGAGUCCUCUUUCCGUUCUACGACCCCGACACUCACAUGCUCUACUUGGCUGGAAAGGGCGACGGGAACAUCCGGUUCUACGAGCUGAGCGCUGAGAAACCGUACAUGAGCUUCCUCGGGGAGUUCCGGUCCCUGCAGCCACAGAAAGGACUCGGAGUGAUGCCAAAACGUGGCCUGGACGUUAGCGUGUGCGAGGUUUUCCGAUUCUAUCGUCUGAUUGCUGUCAAAGACCUGGUGGAGCCAUUGUCCAUGAUCGUACCCCGAAAAGAAUCGGAUGUUUUCCAAGAGGAUCUGUACCCGAUGACGGCUGGAAACCAGGCGGCCAUGACGGCUCAGGAGUGGCUGUCAGGGAUCGACAGGGGACCCGUGCGGAUGUCACUGAAGCCUGCGACUCGAGUAGCCAACCCUUACCCAGAAACCCCAGCUGAGAAGGGCGUGGUGAGGCAGCUGAGCAACCUCAGAUUCCAGAUGAGCCCAGCUGUGGGUGCGCUGACUGGGACACAUGUGGACGUAAUAGAAGAGGCGUUCCUCCGGGAGCAGCUGGCCUACCAGGACGCCAAAUACCAAAGAGACCUGAGCGACCUGUCGGGGUGGCAACCAGAUGAGACCCAGAUCCCGCUGUGGAUGUACUGCUGCACCCCACACUGCUGCGAGCCUGCAGAGAGGCCGCCGCCCACCACCGAGAGCGAGGUGAGAAUCGCUCAACUGGAGCUGGAGAUCACAAACACCAGAAACAACAUGAGAGCGACUUUCUGA